AUGACAUCACAUACAAGUUCAGGCUCCUCCCCCACCCCUGAUUUCUACCACGGGCGGCCCCGUCCUUCUUUCUUUUCCGACAUCAUGGCGGACCGGUUCAAUAAGGUUCUGCUGCUCGACGGUAGGGGCCAUCUACUUGGUCGCCUCGCUGCCAUUGUGGCCAAGCAGGUCCUUCUGGGCCACAAAGUGGUGGUGGUCAGAUGUGAAGGGAUCAACAUCUCUGGAAACUUCUACCGCAACAAACUGAAGUACCUUGCUUUCCUGCGUAAGAGGAUGAACACCAACCCCUCCCGUGGCCCAUACCAUUUCAGAGCUCCUAGCAGGAUUUUCUGGAGGACCGUGAGAGGCAUGCUUCCCCACAAAACCAAGAGAGGACAGGCUGCCCUGGAGAGGCUGAAGGUGUUUGAUGGAAUCCCCCCUCCCUAUGACAAAAGGAAGCGUGUUGUGGUGCCAGCUGCCCUGAAAAUCGUACGCCUGAAGCCCACUCGCAAGUUCGCCCUGCUUGGUCGCCUGGCACACGAGGUCGGCUGGAAGUACCAGGCCAUCACCUCUACCCUGGAAGAGAAGCGCAAAGAGAAGGCCAAGAUGCGCUACAACAAGAAAAAGACCACACUCAAACUGAAGAAGCUGGCUGAGAAGAAUGUGGAGAGCAAAAUCGCCAAAUACACUGAUGUGUUGAAACAAUAUGGGGUUCUUGUUUGAGCUGGCCUGAGUCGUGG